ACAAAGAAAAAAUAUAUAAGGAAAAAAAGUUCCUUUCACUCUCUCUCUAUCUCUCUUUUAUCAACUUUGUAUAGAGAGACUCAACAACACUCUACAAGUACAAUACAAACAGCCAUGUCUUUGGGCUACGCGGAGAAGCUCUCUUUUAUAGAAGAUGUGGGCAACGUUGGCAUGACUGAAUUCUUUGACUCACCUCAACUUCUUCAAGAAAAAAUUGAACAGCUUGCCAAAUUAAUACAAAAGAGUAAGCAUCUAGUAGUGUUUACAGGUGCAGGAAUAUCUACUUCUUGCGGUAUACCUGAUUUUCGAGGUCCCAAGGGAAUAUGGACGCUACAGCGUGAAGGCAAACCCUUGCCUGAAGCAUCCCUACCAUUUCAUCGCGCAAUGCCAAGCAUGACUCAUAUGGCUUUGGUUGAGUUAGAGAAGGCAGGCAUUUUAAAGUUUGUUAUUAGUCAGAAUAUAGAUGGUCUCCAUCUUCGCUCUGGAAUACCUAGAGAGAAACUUGCAGAAUUGCAUGGGGACUCCUUCAUGGAGGCUUGUCCAUCAUGUGGAAAAGAGUAUUUUCGUGACUUUGAGGUGGAAACAAUUGGAUUAAAAGAGACAUCACGACGUUGCUCUGAAAAAAAUUGUGGAGGAAAACUUAAGGAUACAGUUCUUGACUGGGAGGAUGCGCUGCCUUCCAAGGAGAUGAAUCCAGCAGAAAGGCACUGUAGAAAUGCUGAUGUCGUACUAUGUCUGGGAACUAGUUUGCAGAUAACUCCUGCAUGCAAUCUGCCACUUAAAUGUCUUCGUGGUGGGGGAAAGAUUGUGAUUGUGAAUCUUCAGAAAACACCAAAGGACAAGAAAGCAAGUUUGGUGAUCCACGGGUUUGUAGAUAAGGUUAUUGCAGGAGUCAUGGACUUGCUGAAUUUGCGUAUCCCUCCAUAUAUCAGGAUUGAUCUUUUCCAGAUCACUGUAACUCAAUCCUUGAGUGCAGAUAAAAAAUUUGUUAACUGGACCAUCCGAGUAGGAAGUGUGCAUGGACAAAAUGCGCCACUGUCAUUCAUCAAAUCUGUGGAGGUUUCCUUCUCCGACAAGAUAAAGUACAAACUAGCCAGUCUAGAUAAGCAGCCGUUUCAGCUGAAGAGGAGAACCAUUACUACUGAAGUAUUUGACAUCAUGUUGAAACUCAAUUUUAGUGAUGGUUGUGGUUGUCAGUGCACCCAAAUCACUAUCCCUUUUGAUUUUAAGGUUUCAGCGAAGAGUUUUGAACCUGACAAGGAGGAGAUAUUCCAAAAGCUAAGCGAGGCUGCAGUGGAAGAAUUUCGGUGUGGGCAGAAUUCACUCAUUGAGAGGAAGGUUUUUUCAUCCCCCAAAAGCGAGGCCACUGUCUAUGCCAUCGUAACCAACAUCAAAGGUUUCGAAUCUAAUCCUCUGAGUAACAGCGAUCUCAAAUGGCAAAAGGGAAGUGUGAAUGGUAUUGAAACAUCUCGGAAACGAUCAAACAGUCGUAAGCGUAAAUCACGACCAUAGACAACAAAGGCUAGCGAUUCGAGUUUUGUAUAUACGUUACUCUUCGUUAGAAUGAUUAUAACUCACAGGUUACAACAUAUUUUGCUGAGUGAAUUUUGUUAGAUGUUACACUCAGUCUCCCCAGCUAUGGAAAGGAUAUAGCCAGCUACUUGUUUCAACAGAUUAUGAAUACAUUUAGUUCUUCAUAGCAGGCAUUUCUCUAUGUAUAGUUUUAGUGAUGACUAGGAUCAUUUCCUGAUUGGAGCUCUUUUAAGUUUUUAAGGAUCUCGUGACAUAUGCGUUUAAAUUUACU